GACACUCGCAGGCAACAGCGGAGGAGAGGAGAGGGAGAGCCACUUCACUCUCUCACACUCCACGCUCUGCCACUGCCACUCUCCAGCUGAGCGCCGCAGUGUGUGUCUCCCUCUCCCCGGCUAUGGCCUCGCGGAUCUUGCUCCCUCUGUUGCUUUUUCUCCUCUGCUCGCACGGCGGCAGCGGCGCGCCGGCGGGGAGGCGCGGGAUGCGCGUGCCGCCGUUGGCUGGGGACCCCAACUCGCAGGUCAAGUUCGACUUCUCCCCGUUCUUGAUCGAGUACAAGAGCGGGCGGGUGAAGCGGCUCAUGGGCACCGACGUGGUGGCGGCGUCCGCGGACGCGCUCACCGGCGUGUCGUCCAGGGACGUCGCCAUUGACCCUGCCAACGAUGUCCGCGCGCGGCUCUACCUCCCCAGCUUCCGCGCCACGGCGAAGGUGCCCGUGCUGCUCUACUUCCACGGCGGCGCGUUCGUCGUCGAGUCGGCGUUCACGCCCAUCUACCACGCCUACCUCAACACGCUCGCGGCCAAGGCGGGCGUCCUCGCCGUGUCGGUGAACUACCGCCUCGCGCCGGAGCACCCGCUCCCGGCCGCGUACGACGACUCGUGGGCGGCGCUCAAGUGGGUGCUGGCGAACGCCGCGCCCGGGACGGACCAGUGGCUCUCCCAGUACGGCGACCUGUCGCGCCUCUUCAUUGCCGGGGACAGCGCCGGCGGAAACAUCGCGCACAACCUCGCAUUGCGCGCCGGCGAGGAAGGCCUGGACGGCGGCGCCAGAAUCAAGGGGAUGGCACUGCUCGACCCGUACUUCCAGGGGCGGAGCCCGGUGGGCGCCGACGCCAUGGACCCUGCCUACCUCCAGUCGGCGGCGCGCACCUGGAGCUUCAUCUGCGACGGCAAGUACCCGAUCGACCACCCGUACGCGAACCCGCUCGCGCUCCCGGCCUCGUCGUGGCAGCACCUCGGCUGCUCCCGCGUGCUGGUCACCGUCUCGGGUCAGGACCGCCUCAGCCCGUGGCAGCGCUCCUACUACACCACUCUCCGGAGCAGCGGCUGGCCGGGGCAGGCGGAGCUCUACGAGACACCCGGCGAGGGCCACGUCUACUUCCUCACCAAGCUCAGCACGCCACAGGCGCAAGCCGAGAUGGCCACCCUCGUCAACUUCAUCAACCGGAACUAGCGCGCGCAGUAACACGAAUUCUACAGUACCACUACAGCGAGUAAUUAGUCACUAGUGAGGAUUGAUGAGGUGAUUACAUUUUUCGUUCUUUUUUUACCUUUCUUUGGAGUCCGUACGUCGAGAUUCCUUCGUCCAUCGCUACGGGCCUACGGCCAUGAGUACGUUGAUUGGUUCCUCCGCCACAAACCGGCAGGACGGAGAGGGGCCGGGACCGUGCUCGUCUGCUCGAUCCAAUCCAU